UGACGGAAGGUCCGCAAUCUUUAGAUGCAGUCGAUGGAUUGACGCCAGAGCCGACUUUCUACCAUCUCUUCCUCUCUAAGAACCCUCUCUAAGAACCCUCUCCACUCAACCUACAACUUCCUACCCAUAUCAGAUAAGCAUCAUACGGUAUCAAUCCGUGAUAGAAAUGAUGCUGUCUUCGUCGCGAAGAGCAGCCACCUUGGCUCUAAGAGCGAAGCCGACACCUCGUAUCGUACCCUUACAGUCCCUCGCCUCCAUCUCGACCACCUCUAAGAACGAUGCUACGUCCGUGACCCCCCACGGCUCUACGGGCCUCGCCCACCGUCCGCGCAGAGAAAUCCCUCUCGCCAGCGAAGAACCCAAGAAAGGCGUAAUCCAAUAUACCCUGACCACACUCGACCAGAUCGCCAACUGGGCGCGGCAAUCGUCCUUCUGGCCGAUGACGUUCGGACUUGCGUGCUGCGCUGUGGAAAUGAUGCACGUGUCGGCACCGCGAUACGACCAGGACAGGCUAGGAAUUAUCUUCCGAGCGUCACCACGACAGUCGGAUAUUAUGAUCGUAGCAGGUACACUGACCAACAAGAUGGCGCCGGCGCUACGACAAGUGUACGAUCAGAUGCCGGAGCCGCGCUGGGUCGUCAGCAUGGGUAGCUGCGCCAACGGCGGCGGCUACUACCACUACAGCUACAGCGUCGUGCGCGGCUGCGACCGCGUCGUUCCCGUCGACGUCUACGUCCCCGGCUGCCCACCCACCAGCGAGGCCCUCAUGUACGGUAUCUUCCAGCUCCAGCGCAAGAUGCGGAACACCAAGAUUACGAGGAUGUGGUACAGGAAGUAAACUAGAGGGUUAGAGAUGGAGAGACGGUAAUGAAUGGGAACGGCGAGAUCAUCCGGCUCCGGCUCCGGCUCCGGCUUCUUCGGCCGAGACCCGACGGCGCGGCGCUAGAUCACCUUUCUCUUUUGUCGAGGAGUGACGUACUGUACAUAAGAUACCGCGGGCUAUAUACAUUCGCAUUCGCAUUCGCAUGGUUUACG